AUGGGGCUUUUCUCCUUCUCCCAACCUUCAGCUUUCUUGAUGGGCAUCCCCGGCCUGGAGUCUCUCCAGCCCUGGCUCUCCAUCCCCUUCUGUGUCCUCUACCUGGCUGCUCUCCUGGGCAACUGCAUCAUCCUCUUCAUCAUCAGGAAGACCCAAAGCCUCCACGAGCCCAUGUACUACUUCCUGGCCAUGCUGGCAGUGACCGACCUGGGCUUGGCUCUGUGCACCCUUCCCACCACGCUGGGGCUGCUCUGGUUCCACCUGCGCAGGAUCAGCUUUGAUGCCUGUCUCACCCAGAUGUACUUCAUCCACAUCCUGUCCUUCGUCGAGUCCUCGGUGCUGCUGGCCAUGGCCUUUGACCGCUUCGUGGCCAUCUGCCACCCUCUGCGGCACCGCUCCAUCCUCACCAGCACCACCGUGCUCAGGAUAGCUCUGGCCAUCGUGCUCAGGGGGGUGGUGUCCCUGCUGCCCAUCCCCUUCCUGCUCCGGAGACUCACCUACUGCAGCAGGACUGAGCUCUCCCACUCCUUCUGCUUUCACCCUGACAUCAUGAACUUGGCGUGUGCAGACAUCAAGGUCAAUGUCUUCUACGGCAUGAUCAUCCUCCUGACCACGGUGGGGAUGGACUUUGUCUUCAUCGUGGUGUCCUACAUCCUCAUCCUCAGGACCGUGCUCAGCCUGGCCAACAGGGAGGAGACCCUCAAGGCUCUCAACACCUGUGUGUCCCACAUCUGCGCUGUCCUCGUCUUCUUCAUCCCCAUGAUCGGACUCUCCAUGAUCCAUCGCUUCGGGAGGAAUGUUCCUCCUCUGGUGAACACUCUGGUGGCCUACACAUACCUCACCAUCCCUCCUGCUCUCAACCCUGUCAUCUACAGCAUAAAGUCCAGCCACAUCCGGAAGGCUUUGCUCAGGGUGCUGCGGAGGAAGAUGAGGUCUGUGAGGUGGAUUUGGGGGUUGUGGGGGCAGCAGCUCUUGGGGAAAAAAGGGUUCAAAACAUCAUGGAAUGGCUAA